CGCACGGUCUAUGUACAUUUAAACUGUGGCAACGUUUAUAUUGUCUAUGUCUAUGGUCAAAUGCCAAAUCUUAACCACACCAACUUCAAUUUUAAAAUCUUUUACAUUUUUGAGAACAUUUCAUCGAAAACAAGAUAGCAUGCAAAAGCAAUGAUUUAACAAUGACUACGAAUUAUUGUAGUAUCUGCCAAGAGCCUCGUAGAUACUCUAGAAGUUUUGAAGAUAAGGAUGAAAAUGGUGUAAAAUGGUUUACGAAAUUGAAAUCUAUUGUUUCUGAAUUGGAACAAUCAGCAGAAUGUUUCAUAUGUAAUGCUUGUAUCGAAGAGGUGGAGUGCUGUUUAAAAUUUAGAGUGCAAUUAUUGGAACUUGUGUCAAGGCAAAAAGUUGAACACAGACCUAAAGCAAAUGAUACACAUGAUAAUAGUGGCAGUUCUAUAGGCUAUCAAAAGUCACUAGAAGAUCAAGAAGUUGAGGAUUAUUUACAAAACCCUGUUCAAAAUGAUAUAGAGUAUGUAAAGAAUGGUAAAGAGUAUUUGAAUCUCAAUUAUAGCAUUGGUUCAAAAUCUGAUGAAAAUUUACUUGAAAUAACCCAAAAUGAAACUUUUAUAACAAAUGAUGAUACAGCAAUUGAUUCUAAACGUUCUCUUAUUGAAUGCGUUUGUCAACUUUGUUCAUUUAAUUCAUCAUCUGAAGAAGAGUUAGCUUCUCAUCAUUGUUGCCGCAAAGGAUGUGAAUUGAGUAAACCGAAUGAAAUGGUUGAAUUAAAAAGUUCUAAUAGUGAAAAAGGUGUUACACCAUCUAAGAAAAGACGAGGACGAAAAUCUACAAAAAUUUCUACCUGUGAAGUAUGCAGCCAAAAAUUCAACUAUAUUAAAGAUAUAAUAGCACAUUGCACUUCUAUACAUUCCAUGGAUGCAAAAAAUGUCAAGCCAUACACUUGUAAUAAAUGUUGCCAACGUUUCAGUACUUUUGCAAAUUAUGAUCAGCAUCAAAAAUAUCAUGAAAGAAAUCGAGAUAAUGUUUGCAGCUUAUGUGGGAAAGGAUUUAUAACUAAAAGUGACCUUAUUGUUCACGAAUAUACUCAUUUCAAUCGCAGAAAUUACAAAUGUUCUACGUGUGACAAAGCAUUCAACACAAAUAAAAAUUUGAGAACUCAUAUUUUAGUGGUACACACAGAAAGUUCUUCAUGGAAAUAUGCUUGUUCUAUUUGUGAAAAAAAGUUCCCACUGAAGAGCAAUCAUGAUCAGCAUAUGAAGAGACAUUCUGGUGACAAACAAUUUGUAUGCCACAUUUGUAAAAGAUCAUUUGUCACCAGCAGUGAAUUAAAAAGACAUAUCUCACUACAUACUAAUAUGAGACCUUUCAGGUGUGAGUAUUGUAAAAAAGACUACAAGGAAAUGAGAACUUUGAAGGCGCAUUUGAAACAGUCACACUCUGUGGGAGAAGUCAAGAUUCCUAUCAGAGAGAAAAAAUAUGUCUGUCACAUUUGUCCCAGUCAAUUUUAUGAUAAACAAAAAUUAUCCAGACAUUUAUGUAGUCAUUCUGGUGUCAAACCAUAUGCCUGUACUUCUUGUGAUAAAAAAUUCACAGACAAAUCCUACCUGAAGCAUCAUGUAAAAGUAUUUCACAACACUAUUAACAAUAUUGUGGAGGAGUUCUGUCCAUCAGGGUACCCUCAAAGGUAUACACGAAAAUAUAGUUUUUACAAUGAACUCGUCAUUGAUGAGAAGCCUGAAGGAGUAUGACUGUGGUGGAACAUAUUUUCGUUAUUUGAGUUAAAUAUACUUCACUUCAUAGUGGAUUUAACAGGAACGUCUCUUGCCUCAUCAGUUAUAAUUAUUCAAACUCCCGUGAACUAUGAUACAUUUUUUGAUGAGGCAUUGCAAAAUCGAUUCCAACCUUUUCUUCGUUCCUAUUCAUUGCUAUAACUACUUCCCCCAUAUUUCCAUUAACUUGAGUUGAAAAUAUAUAAUCAUUAUAUUUCCUGAAUUAAAUACGAGUCUAAAAGUCAUAAUAUGAUAAUAUAAUGGCUAGAGUUAUACAAAGUUACUUAGAAGACAGUUCCAGGCACAUUUAUAUUACCAUCAAAUUUACCAAAUGAUUAGUAAAUGUUACUAGAAUAAAUUCAUUGUAUUUCAAUCACUGAUGUUUUCCAAAUUGAAUCAAAUAUUUUCACAAUUAAAAUUUUUUGUCAUAAUAUAUUACAUAAGGC